ACACUGACACAAGACACUACUGACACACUGACACAAGACACUACUGACACACUGACACAAGAUACUACCGACACACUGACACAAGACACUACUGACACACUGACACAAGACACUACCGACACACUGGCACAAGACACUACCGACACAUUGAUACAGGAGACUACCGACACACUGAUACAGGACACUACCGACACACUGACACAAGACACUACCGACACACU